AUAUGAAAUUCAACUCUCCUCUGGUAUACUAAUCACACUUUCAGCUGGAAAAACCUCAUAGGAGAGACCCGACCGAAGCGAAAAUGGAACCCUACGACGACGAAGAACCGCCGAUGGCCAUCGCAAUCGACGACGUCGUUGAAGAUAAGACGCCGCUGCCUUCAGUCGUCGAGCAGCGUGAUAAUCUACAGCCAGAUCUUCCAGAAGCUCAACCGGUUGGCGUCACCGUCAUCACAGGAUAUCUCGGUGCAGGGAAAUCGACGUUGGUGAGUUCUAUAUUGAAUGGACAACAUGGGAAGAAAAUAGCUGUAAUAUUGAAUGAGUUUGGGGAAGAGAUAGGAGUGGAGAGAGCAAUGAUUAAUGAAGGAGAAGGUGGAGCAUUAGUGGAGGAGUGGGUUGAACUUGCGAAUGGAUGCAUAUGUUGUACUGUUAAGCACAGCUUGGUUCAGGCACUGGAGCAACUUAUAGAGAGGAAAGAAAGGCUUGAUCAUAUACUACUUGAGACUACAGGGCUGGCAAACCCUGCACCUCUGGCAUCUGUGCUCUGGUUGGAUGAUCAAUUGGAGUCAGAUGUCAGGCUCGAUUCGAUUAUCACUGUUGUAGAUGCUAAAAACCUCCGUUAUCAGCUUGAAGCAAAUCACGAUUCAUCGUCAUUUCCUGAAGCUUACAAUCAAAUAGCAUUUGCGGAUGUUGUGAUCCUUAAUAAGGUUGAUCUAGUUUCUUCUGAUGAUUCCGGAGUAGCUCUUGAAGAUCUUGAAAAAGACAUUCAUAACAUUAAUUCCCUUGCUACUAUUAUCCGUUCUGUUCGCUGCCAAGUUGACUUGUCCAUGAUACUGGACCGCCGAGCAUAUGACGCUACACAUGCCACUCAUUUGGAAGCACUAUUGAGAGAGAAUCGAAAUCUAUCUACAAGUGAUCUUCAUGACAGUGGUGUUAGAACCUUGUGCAUUUCUGAGCCAAAGGAACUACAUCUAGAGAAGGCCAAGGUGUGGAUUGAGGAGCUCCUUUGGGACAAAAAAUACGGAAUGGACGUUUAUCGAUGCAAAGGGGUUUUGAAUAUUGCAAAUUCAGAUCAGCUGCAUACCCUACAGGCUGUGAGGGAAGUAUAUGAGAUUGUUCCAACUCGAAACUGGAGAAAUGAAGAUGACAGAGUGAACAAAAUUGUUUUUAUAGGUCGAUCUUUAAAUGAAGAGAUUCUAGUUAAUACCAUCAAAGCUGCACUCUGUAAUCCGUAGUGCCCAUCUUUCUUGUAACAAGAUUAAUUAUAUUUCCCAUUUCCAAUUUGAGUUUUUGGUAUUACAUCACAGACA